AGCAUAUUUUAUGGAGUAAGAUGUCAAACAAGAAUUGAACACAGAACUUGUAGAGCAGUGCAAUGGAUCAAAUUUCCAACAGGCAGUUAAGCUUAACACUGAUGAGAGUUACAUUCAAGGCACAUAUGUUAGUGAUGGAAUGCUCAGAAACAGUGAAGAAAUACACAUUUUUGCUACUUUAUGCUUUGAGUUUUAGGGACACGAUCAUGUACAAAAUUUAGUAAGCAGAAAGCACAAUGUAACUUUUGCACAUAUCAAAUGGAGACACAAGUUUUUUUUUUUUUUUUUUUAGAAAAAAGAAAAUCGUCAAAAAGUGUACAAUAGCAAUUUUCCGUCGCCGGUUAUGAUUUAAAUACCUCUUGCCGUUCGCAGGUGAAAUAUUGCUAUUUAGGGUUUUCCAAUUUCCAUUGCAGAUAUGACUCGAGGUAGAGGUCGAGCUAGCGCAGGUCAUGCAGGCAAAUCCUCAGUUAGGAAACGCAAGAGACUUGCUGCUGAAAUGGGUCGAGAUCCAACACCAAGUGAGAAACAUUUGCACGUCCAUACACAUGGUCAUGCUGGUAAAUCUUUAGUCGGUGAGCAAUCCCCAAUCGUACAUGAACGAUCUCAUGAAAUAUUACAGCGGCAAACACAGGGUCAUUCUGAUACUGAUGAUCAGUGUCAAGCAUAUUACCAAGCCACUGGAGGGGAAAAGAAGAUAAGAGUAUAUAGUCUUGAAUCUCAAGCAAAAAGCUACCAUGGCCCGAAUCUCCAUACCUCUUAUGCUACCUCGCCAGCAACACUUUUGAAUGUUAAAUCAACACUGAGAGGAAAUCUCCUUUUGAAUGUUCCAUCAACACCGAUAAGGAAAUGUGGAGGAGUUAGUGAUGCAAUUGGUUCCCAUAUUGAUGGAUCACAUGCUUCCUAUAUUUGUUGAUGGGGGUACACAGAGCACUUUCUUCACCGCCAAAUACUCAUACCGACCACCCAUCAGUUGUGGCACCUGCUGCUCCUCCUACUGCUAACAUUGACAAGGUUCAUGCAUCGGUUUCUGAUGACAAUGGUAACUCUACAGCCUCGCAUUAGUUAGCCUAUUAUGUUUCAACUGUAUUGUUGGUGUUGUGGAUGUUUUGUGUUUAACUAUACUAUUAUUAUACAUGUGUGUUUUGCUAAUUUGGGAUCUGGUAGAAUAUUAGUAACUUGUAUAAAUAGAAGCUAUAUAAGUUUAUGUUUAAUUAAGUGUAACUGAUAAUUUUC